GAGUGUCGCCACUUGAUGGCUCGUAAUGUUGUUUACAACUAACAAAUAAUUCGUGGAGAAUUAAUUGAAUUAAAUAAGUUGUUACUGAAUUUCUUUCUGAAAGAUAAUACUAAACAUGUCUAGAGUAGAGUUAAAUACUAUUCAGGCUAAGCUUAAAGCUGCCAUCCAAAACCAUCAGAUGCUGGUGGUAAAAAUGAAAGGAGACAACCAGAAUGUUUCACUAAAGAAAGGCUUGGCAGAACUCCAAGAAGAGAUCAAGAGACUCAGUGAAGAGCAGAAAAAAAUCGUCAUGAAACUUCGAGAAAGUUUGGUGAAAUCCAGUCCUCAGAGCCUGCCACCACCCAUGGUUACAGUCAGUCAGACCAUCACAGCAAUUGGGCAGCCGAGGCUAGUCAGCUUCCCAACACAAGGAGGAUCAACCAUUUUGCCAGUGGGGAUGGUGGCUGUUCCUAUAGCUCACAUGCAGCGGCCAGCUGUUGGAAUGGCCAUUCAUUCUGCAGGUGGCCCAUUAUCUCAGGCCACCAACAUAUCUCUGAUACCUGCAGGAAUUCUGAGUGCUGGCUGUAACCUGGCCAACAACACCCUUGGGGGCAUUCUCCAUGGCAACAUAACUAUCAACAACUUUGGUAACCUCGGCAACACAGUCUCCAGUUUGUCUAGCAGCAGCAGGUCUAAUGUGGUCAGCACUCACGUCCAGAGUCAAGUGGCCAAUGGUAGCAGCACCCCAAGCUGUGCUGGAGCCUCUAGCCACACCACCAACAGAACCAACAACAUGGCCGCAUCCAAUGAUUCCAGCAAAUCUUCCACCAGCAUAGUACUCAACAAUUUGACAAACAUGGCCAACCUCUUCAUAGCAACCAGCAUAAACAAUGCUAGUCUUAUAGCAAACCCGCCCAUAGCAACCAGCAUAAACAAUGCUAGUCUUAUAGCAAACCCGCCCAUAGCAACCAGCAUAAACAAUGCUAGUCUUAUAGCAAACACGCCCAUAGCAACCAGCAUAAACAAUGCUAGUCUUAUAGCAAACCCGCCCAUAGCAACCAGCAUAAACAAUGCUAGUCUUAUAGCAAACACGCCCAUAGCAACCAGCAUAAACAAUGCUAGUGUAAUAGCAACCAGCAACUGCAACGGACAUGUGAGCAGCUCUUCCUGUCUACCAGCCACCCCUGGCUUGAUUGUGACUCACUUCCAGCAACAGCCGUUAGUACAGCCUCAGCUGUUGCAGCAACAGCAGCAGCAAAUCUUACAGAUGAUACAACAACAGCAGCAACAGCAACAACCCCAGCAGCGCCUCGCCUCUCACCUGCCAAUCAAAGUUCCUCAGUACACCGCCUCACUCAUUCGGCCAGUCACUGCACCUGCUCAGUACUGCAACAUCGCCCCUGCACCUACUACCCAAGCUUUAGCAGCACCAUGUACAACAAAGGUCAGUCAAGCUUUAGCAGCACCAUGUACAACUAGGGUCAGUCAAGAGUCCCCGAAAGAGGUGAUGAAGGUACGGCAGACACAAGUGGGGAAGGUACACGACCAGACACACACCAAAGUCAUAUCCAGCCAACUAGAGAAAGAAAAAUUUCUGGAGCUGUUGGAGCUGUACACAGUUGAUGCCCUCAAUGAAAUGCUGCGAAGAAGAAAUGAGAGGAAAAGACGAACCACAGCUAAUCCUCAUUACAGUUUUGGCUUUGAAAUGAAUCGCAAAGAAAGAGGCACAAUUAAAAAACACAGAGGUCGAGGACCUUCACUGGACAGUUGGGUGGACUCUACAGAGCACAACACAGGCAGCAAGAAAAUGCAGGACAACCAUGACGACUACUGCGCUGUGUGCAACAAGGGCGGACAACUGUUGAUGUGUGAGACCUGCCGCUUUGUCUACCAUCUGGACUGUCUAAACCCACCUUUAACUCAAGCUCCCAAGUACGCAUGGAGUUGUCCCCACUGUCUGGUGUCUGGGAAAGGUCUGGCCCAUUUAAACAGCUCAGCUCUGGCCAAAGUUCACUCCUACAUCAGUCACAGAACAGCCCAGGUAGAUGCCAUGAAAACAGAGAAAGUCAAAAGCAAAGAAUUAUCCGAGGAAUUGACAAUGUUGGGCACACAACUGCAAGACUUGAGCUCCAAACUCAAAGAAGAAACAGAGACACAAACACGACUAACUGUUGAAGAAAACAACGUUCAGCAAGAUCUCGCCACAUUGACAGAAUUUAUUCAUAGUAUGAAAGACUCUACAGCAGGCCAUUUUGUCUAGACCACAGCAGGAACUGGCCAUUUUGUCUAGACCACAGCAGGAACUGGCCAUUUAGACCACAGCAGGA